GUAGAUCCUUGUCAAGGCAGAACAAUCUUUGUACAUAUUAAACAAUGAAAAGUUUGAUAGCUUGACCAUAUCUACACAAAUAUUUGGGGAAGAGCCUACACGCUUGAUGUGGACAAGAAUUUCCCAUAACAAUAGAGCGUUUGAUUAUAGAUAAUUAUUGAAAGUUCAAUGAAAAAAAAUUCUGGUUUGUAAUGAGAUGCGGAAAUCCAAUGAAAUGUGUAUUAGCCAAGGCGGAAAGCUAAAAGAACAAUUCUCAACAGAAGAACGCUAAUUCUGAACUAUAACAUAACUGUGAUACUAUAUACUCUGAUAGUUGGUCGUCCACUAUUAGAGCUAUUUUGAACGAGAAUGAAUGUUUCCAACUUGACCCUCGAUGGCGAUGACUUUGAGAUUCCUGAAUUUAUGACCUACCUGCUGAUUACAUUCAAGACGAUAUUCUUUGUCACAAUAGUUCUUGGAACUUUACUGAACCUCUGGCUGCUUCUUGCUAUAGUCACAUGCCCAGAGAUGCGAUCGCGCAUGCGUAACAAGCUUAUUGUCAGCAACUGUGUUCUUUAUCUCGUUCAGUGCCUGGUAGAAGGUCCCUUGGAUGUUGCUGCUUUGAGCUCUGACACCAAAAGCUGCUCUAUAUUUCACGCCGUCAUCAACAUAAUGCUCAUGCUGGACUUUGUGUCCAACUAUACUUUGCUUACAAUGGUCAUCGUGUUUGUACUGCAGUUGAUGGACUUAAAGUUAAGCGUGUGGAUGUCCGAGCUGAAGCAACUCGUGGUCACCCUUGGCGUCCUGCUCAUUCCCUGGGUAGCCUCACUGCUUACCAUUCCAGCCAUGGUCACGACGUCUGAUAAGUAUAUUAUUUUCGCGGAUUGUCCUAUUCCAAGAUCCUAUCUCAUCUUCAGAAUUGUAAACACGAUUGUACCAUUGAUGCUGGCCGCAGGCGUCAGUGUGGCGGCAGCGCUGAUGAAACGACGUAGGUUCAGUGCAGGUUUGAACCCUAGUGGUAUGCAAGUAGAACUGUUGAGCCCUGGUCCUGAAAUGGAUGAGGCUAAGACGUAUCUUGUCGCUGUGGCUGUAUCAUUUUUGUGCGAUAUCGGCGUCACUAUAAUGGAGUUUGACCUAGGUAUACCAGCAGUUGAAACAAGAAUAAUUCUUGGUUUUAGCACAGUCACCUUGGAAACAAUUCGACCCGUGGUCAUGGCGUUGCCAUGGUUACUGUUCAACGACAUCAGACAGCGUUUAAAGACGUGGAGGCCGUGGUACCGGCCAGAGCCUGGCAUAGACCUGACACAAGCUCAAGGAGGUCAACAGGAACUUUAAAAUUAUGAAAUGUUUACAUUAUUUUUUUUACGGAACAAAAAUUAAGAAUUAGGGAUUUUCAAACUUAAUGUAAUAACAAUAAUGUACGUUUUGUUUACAUUAUGAUUUCUAUUAUACGGUCUACAUUUUCUAUAUGCAUAAUACAGCAGCAGAGAUAAAGAUAAAUAAGGAAUAUGAAGACAUGUGGGUGUGAAAAGAUUCUCCAGAAA